UCAAAAUGGCGGAUGGUUCUAAUUCUAAUCCGUUCGUAGAGGACGAUGGAGAUUUUAUUGAAAACGAACUUGAAGAAAAAGCUUCAGAAAAGUCUCCUAGUUCUGACUGUACAGAUAUUUCUUGGGAUAAUAUUGCUGUAAAGCUCUUACGCGAUAAUUUUGUUCUUACUGCUCUGGAGUUACACACUGAGCUGGUUGAAUCCGGACGUGAACUACCCAGAUUGCGAGAUUAUUUUUCGAAUCCGGGAAAUUUUGAACGAACAAAAGUUGAGACAUCAUCCCCAACGUUACAAAGAACUUCGAGUGUUCAUACUUUGGAUUCCUUGGAUUUUGCCCGAUACUCUGAUGAUGGUGAAAGACAAGUUGAUGAACGCAUGGCAGUUCUUGAAUUUGAGUUAAGAAAAGCUCAUGAAACUAUUAAAGGACUUCGUGCAACUCUUACAAAAGAAACUGAACUUGCCUCUCCAGAACAAGGCCGAGAAGGUUUGAUCCCAGGAGGUAAAGAAGAAAUUAUUAAACUUUUGGAAAAGAAAGCACUUAACUUUUUAGUUAAUGAAUAUCUGUUGCUCAGUAACUACAAACUCACAUCUGUCACAUUUUCUGAAGAAAAUGGAGAUCAGGAUUUUGAAGAUUGGGAUGAUGUUGGGCUCAAUAUACCAAAACCUCCAAGCUUGUUAUAUCUGUUCCGAGAUUAUGGCACUCAUGCAUUUCCCUCUAUAGAAACUUAUGAUGUUGGUUGUUAUGUCAAUUUAGAAAAUGAACAUUUAAUUGAUUUACAAACAAAAUGGAAAUGUAAAAAAGACAAUUUAGAGAGUAAAAUUUUUCAAUUGGAAAAUGAAAUUAUUGAAAUUAACAAACAGAAAGAUGAAUUGAUUUUGCAGCUUAAUGAAUGGAGGCAAAAUGCUUCAUCCCCUGAGAACACAUCUAUUCCAAACCAUUCUAGACAGCUAUCCUGUGCGAAUUCACACCCAGAUCCUGCCAAUAUUGAAAAUGCAGUCAACACAGUUUUGGAUGGCAUGAGUGACCAGGGAUAUUAUGAACAGCAGCAUUUAAACCCAAAUGAAGAUGAGAGGACUAUACCACCGUCAUUUGAAAAGGCUUUGCUAGAAACAACAUUGAAUUUAAUAAAAGACCAUCGAAUAGUAUCUGAGGUAUCAAAGAUUUCUGAUUCAAAUUCUGAAACAAUUAUUCUAAUGUUGGCUCGGUGCUUACCUCAUAUAGUUCCACAUGUACUCUUGGCUAGGAGAGAGGAGUUAAUACCACUCAUUUUGUGCACAACUGUGUUACAUCCAGAUGUAAAGGAACGGGACAAGCUUCUUAAUAUUCUUUUUAAUCUAAUCAAAAAACCCAAUGAUGAUCAAAGGCAAAUGAUAUUAAGAGGAUGUGUGGCUUUUGCAAAACAUGUUGGUCCUGCACGUCUGGAAAAUGAACUCCUACCACAAUGUUGGGAACAGAUUAGUCAUAAAUACUCAGAACGAAGACUCCUUGUUGCUGAAGCAUGUGGUGCGCUGGCUUCAUAUCUUCCGAAUGAAAUUCGUAGUUCUCUUGUGUUGUCCAUGUUGCAACAGAUGUUGACUGAGGACAAGGAUGAAGCUGUUCGAGAGGCUGUAGUGAAAAGUCUAGGAAUUCUUUUUAGUUUUAUCUGUGAUACUGAUAAAUAUGGUCAGGGUUUUGAACUGCUGAAAAUUUCCCUAAAUGAUGAUUCUGAGAAAGUGUGCUGUGCAGCUCGUCAAGUGUUUCUGCCAUCUUUUGCUUUGUGGGCUGUACAUCUCCACAAGCUGGAGUAUGAAUUGCUCCACUCUUUCCUGCGAGAACUGGAGGACCUAGUUAAGGCUAAAGGUUUGCUGAUAGAAGCUACAUCAUUGGAAAAUCAGAGUGCAUUAGCUGUUCAGAAGUCAAACAGUAGCAUCACUUUACCUAUUCACGAAGGAAAAUUUGCAUCUCUGGUGUCGACACUUGAAGAAUUAGUACCAUUCCUUUUUAUAUCUGUUAUACGAACUGGUCCAUAUAUUGAGAAAAUAUCACAUAACAAUGAAGAAGUUCCUGAAAUUGAUGUUUUCAGAUUUCCAAAACCAAGCUCAGAUUUAACAGAUCUACGAGUAAUUUUUGGGAAUGUUAACCAGUUGUCUGCUUACAUAGAACAAUAUGAAGAACAUAUUUCCCAAGAAUGGUUUGAACCGUGGGAACAGUUUAAUUGGGUUGUGAAAAAUCUAAUACCUCGACUUCAAGAAGUUGUUUCAGGUGUUGGAUUAACCAUUCCAGUCUUAAUCAGUAUACUUUCCAAAUACUUUUACAGAAUAUGUCGGACAUUUGGCAGAACUUUUGUAGAUAAAAUGGUGAAACCUAAAUUUCAAGAUCUCUUAGUUAUACCUGAAGGAGUAGAUAACCUUGUGACAAUAGGGCAAACAGCCUUAACAACUUGUAUCGUUCCUGUGUAUGCUGCUGGUGUGUUGUGUGCUUUUAAUUCAGAUGAUGAUCAUAACCAGUUGUUUAGGUUCCUUCAAGAUGUUGUUACAACUUUGGCAAUUUGUCAAGCACCAUUAGAUAGUAUACAGGCUGCAUUCCAAGAACUUAGUGCCUGUACAAGUAAUCAUGAAAUACUUCUCGGUGUAUUAUGGGAAGCAGUUGUACACAAAUUAGCUUUAGUCCGUGUUGCUGCUGCACGAUUGUUUGAGUUACUUAUUCAGGGUGUCAGUGAAACUUUAAUAUCAACCCGCGUUGUUCCAGGACUCGUUACUUUGGCAAAUGACCCAGAGGUUUCUGUAAGAAUUGCUACAAUACCUGGAUUUGGAACCAUCCUAGAAAAUGUUACUCUACGAGAGAUGUUGGAUAGGGUUUACAUGCAGCUACAAACAUUCUUAGAUGACCCUGUAUACCGAGAUCAACAUACUGUACACAUGGAAAUUAUUCGAACUUUUGCUCGUGUAGGACCAAAUGCAGAGCCUCGUUUCAGAGAUGAAUUUGUGCUCCCACGCCUGGCUGCAAUGGCUCUUGCUAAUAACAGUAUAACUAACGAAAUCAAAAAGACUGAUGUUGCUCUGCAGCUCUUUGAGGCCUACAGCGCCAUGUCUUGUUGCUUCAUCAAUGAUCAGUUGGUGCAGGAAGCCAUGCUACCUGGAUUACGGUACCUUCGCCAAGACUUAUCACAGCUUGCUCCUGAGAGAGAGGAGGUGAUGAGUUCUAUGAUCAAAGAAUAUGAAGCAAAGCUAGAUGCAUCAAAAUCUUUAGAAAGGAGUCCUAGUCAAUCAGUAUCUCCGACCCCUGGUGGAAAUGCUGAGGAUGUCAGAGCAAGAGUAAUGAGCAAAAUCAAAGAUACAACUUCAAAGGCUCACAUUCCUAAUAUCUUCAUGCGUAAGAAGUAGCCUCUAACUAUGUUAUCAUUCCCAGAAUUGCCUCUUUAUCUUCUUCUUUACAAAUAGAUAAAGUUGUUAGCACAAAUUAAAAAAGAAAAUCAUGAAAUAUUAAUUAAAAACUUUUCUUUUGUCUGUGAAAUAAUGGCUAACAUUAUAAUAAAUAUUUUAUUCUAUUAUUAGCCAAAAAAAAUCAUGAUUAUAUCGAAAUAUUCAACAUAUAUGGUGGCCUCUACACUUUAAAAAAUCUUUUUCUCCAUUCUCAUAUGAAAAAUUUUCUUUGUUAUAUUUAAUGAUUUUUUUUUGUUUAUUUAACUACUGAUGUCUAAGGUAAUAUAAUAAUGUAACAAUAAGGAAAAGGAUAAUAGUUAUGCAUAUUAUGAUAUAAAUAAAACUUAGAUGUCAAAAAAAUUGUUCCAAUAAAGUAAUUUGAAAAUAAAAAAGCAAUUUCAAUUGAUUUGUUUCUUGCUUGACAAAAUGAUAUAGGAAAAGGGCAAAAUUA